AUGCGGUUCAGAUUGAAGUCAACUUGUGCCAAGGAGCAAGACAACUUGUCAGCACGUUAUACGCUGGUGCCAGCGGCAGUCCUUGCCUUAUUAAUUGCUCCUAACAGUGAGCAUACACUAAUAAGCAGGCUUUGGGCUUUCAGCGUGUAUUUGAAAGCACUCUCAAUGUUGCCUCAGCUUCGUCUGAUGCAAAAUGAGAAGAUGUUUGAGCCAAUUACAGCACAUUAUGUUUUUGCAAUUGGUGUUGCAAGAUUCUUGGGCUUUGCAUUCUGGAUCGUUAUGGUUUACCAGACAGGGGGGAAGUUUCUAUUUUUGGUUGGAUACGGUUCGUUAUGGGUGCUGAUGGCUUUUAUAUCAGAAAUCAUUCAUACGUUUAUCUUGGCUGAUUUUUGCUACUAUUAUGUGAAACUGAGUUGGAAUUUGAGAAAGUUGGCUUGGAACAUUGAUUUGUUUCACCGCCCGCCCGUCCGCCCCCACGGGUCUCUCUCUCUCCCUCUCUCCUUCUCGCCGGUUUUUGGCUUAAAUGGGCGGAAUCUCAUCUGA